AUGCAUUCGUGCGAGAUGCGUGGCAUGCCGCGGCGGUUGCAGCCUCACCGUUUAUCUAACGAAAGCGAAAUAAGAAUCAGAAAUAAAAUUAAAAAUAGAAACAAUCGAGCAGCUCUUGGCGACCGUCUAAAAAUAAUCAAACUCGAUCGCAGGAGUCGUCCGCUGGUGAAUUUCCCGAUUUUCCCACUGCUCCCGCUGCUCCUCGCGGGAUUAAAUGGAUUAACACAAGUUGGAGCUCUCAAGGGUGAAAAUCCACGCAUCAUCGAACAUCCCAUGGACACGACGGUGCCAAAAAAUGAUCCAUUUACGUUUAAUUGCCAAGCCGAGGGCAAUCCAACACCAAGCAUACAAUGGUUUAAGGACGGACGCGAACUGAAGACGGAUACGGGCUCGCAUCGCAUAAUGCUGCCCGCCGGUGGUUUAUUCUUUCUCAAGGUCAUCCACUCACGUAGAGAGAGCGAUGCGGGCACCUAUUGGUGCCAGGCCAAAAACGAGUUUGGAGUGGCUCGCUCCAGAAAUGCAACGUUGCAAGUGGCAUUUCUACGCGACGAAUUCCGUUUGGAGCCGGCAAAUACCCGGGUGGCCCAGGGCGAAGUGGCCCUGAUGGAAUGCGGCCCCCGAGGAUCCCCAGAUCCGCAAAUCUCGUGGCGCAAAAAUGGACAGACCCUGAAUCUGGUUGGAAACAAGCGCAUUCGCAUUGUCGAUGGCGGCAAUCUGGCCAUCCAGGAUGCCCGCCAGUCCGACGAUGGACGGUAUCAAUGUGUGGUCAAGAAUGUCGUUGGCAUCAGGGAAUCGGCAACCGCUUUUCUCAAAGUGCAUGUUCGCCCCUUCCUAAUCCGUGGACCCCAGAAUCAGACGGCUGUCGUGGGCAGCUCAGUGGUUUUCCAGUGUCGCAUCGGUGGCGAUCCCCUGCCCGAUGUCUUGUGGCGACGCACUGCCUCUGGCGGCAAUAUGCCACUGCGUCGUGUGCACGUACUUGAGGACCGGAGUCUCAAGCUGGACGACGUCACGCUGGAGGACAUGGGCGAGUACAGUUGCGAGGCGGACAAUGCGGUGGGCGGCAUCACGGCCACGGGCAUCCUCACCGUUCACGCACCCCCCAAAUUUGUGAUUCGCCCCAAGAAUCAACUGGUGGAGAUCGGUGAUGAAGUACUAUUCGAAUGCCAAGCGAAUGGACACCCCAGGCCAACCCUCUACUGGUCGGUGGAGGGCAAUAGCUCCCUGCUCCUGCCCGGCUAUCGGGAUGGACGCAUGGAAGUUACCCUCACGCCCGAGGGUCGCUCAGUGCUAUCGAUAGCUCGAUUUGCCCGCGAGGAUUCUGGGAAGGUGGUCACCUGCAAUGCCCUGAACGCCGUGGGCAGUGUCAGCAGCAGGACUGUGGUCAGUGUGGAUACACAAUUCGAGCUACCGCCGCCCAUUAUCGAACAGGGUCCGGUGAAUCAGACGUUGCCCGUAAAGUCAAUUGUGGUGCUGCCUUGCCGGACACUGGGCACGCCGGUGCCACAAGUCUCUUGGUACCUGGACGGCAUACCCAUCGAUGUGCAGGAGCACGAGCGCAGGAAUCUAUCGGAGGCUGGUGCUCUGACCAUUUCCGAUCUUCAGCGGCACGAGGACGAGGGCCUUUACACCUGUGUGGCCAGUAAUCGGAAUGGGAAAUCCUCCUGGAGCGGCUACCUGCGCCUGGACACGCCCACCAAUCCGAAUAUUAAAUUCUACCGAGCUGCGGAACUUUCCACCUAUCCAGGGCCCCCGGGGAAACCGCAGAUGGUGGAGAAGGGUGAGAGCUCAGUGACGCUCAGCUGGACGAGGAGCAACAAAGUGGGUGGCUCCAGCCUCGUGGGCUACGUAAUCGAGAUGUUUGGCAAAAACGAAACGGACGGAUGGGUGGCUGUGGGCACCAGGGUGCAGAACACGACAUUUACCCAAACUGGCUUGCUGCCGGGUGUAAAUUACUUCUUCCUGAUCCGAGCGGAGAACUCCCAUGGCCUCUCAUUGCCCAGUCCCAUGUCGGAACCCAUAACGGUGGGAACGCGAUACUUCAACAGUGGCCUGGACUUGAGCGAGGCUCGUGCCAGCCUCCUGUCCGGAGAUGUUGUGGAGUUGAGCAACGCCAGUGUGGUGGACUCCACCAGCAUGAAGCUCACCUGGCAGAUCAUCAAUGGCAAAUACGUCGAGGGCUUCUAUGUCUACGCUAGACAGUUGCCAAAUCCAAUAGUCAACAAUCCGGCGCCUGUUACGGCCAAUACGAAUCCGUUGCUGGGCUCCGCGUCCGCCUCGGCAUCCGCAUUGAUUUCGACAAAACCAAAUAUUGCCGCUGCCGGCAAACGUGACGGGGAGACCAUCCAGGGCGGAGGAGCUACACCAUCGUCCUCAUCAUCCCCGGCCGCACUGAGCACCAAAUACCGCAUGCUGACGAUACUGAAUGGAGGUGGAGCCUCAUCCUGCACCAUCACCGGUCUCGUCCAGUACACGCUGUAUGAAUUUUUCAUUGUGCCAUUUUACAAAUCCGUCGAGGGCAAGCCGUCGAAUUCGCGCAUCGCCCGCACCCUUGAAGAUGUUCCCAAUGAAGCGCCAUAUGGAAUGGAGGCACUCCUGCUCAAUUCCUCAGCGGUGUUCCUCAAAUGGAAGGCACCCGAGCUCAAGGAUCGGCAUGGUGUUCUCUUGAACUAUCACGUCAUUGUGCGAGGCAUUGACACCGCUCAUAAUUUCUCUAGAAUUCUGACCAAUGUCACUAUCGAUGCUGCUUCACCGACCUUGGUUUUGGCCAAUCUCACCGAGGGCGUCAUGUACACGGUGGGCGUGGCAGCGGGAAAUAAUGCCGGAAUUGGUCCUUAUUGUGUCCCAGCCACAUUGCGUUUGGAUCCCAUCACAAAGCGCCUUGAUCCGUUCAUCAAUCAGCGCUAUCCCAUCAAUCAGGACCAUGUUAACGAUGUGCUGACACAGCCCUGGUUCAUAAUACUCCUGGGCGCCAUCCUGGCCAUCCUUAUGCUGUCCUUUGGCGCAAUGGUCUUUGUGAAGCGCAAGCACAUGAUGAUGAAGCAGUCGGCCCUGAAUACCAUGCGUGGCAAUCACACGAACGACGUGCUCAAAAUGCCGAACCUAUCGACUCGCAAUGGGAAUGGCUACUGGCUGGACUCCUCCACCGGCGGAAUGGUGUGGCGUCCCUCGCCCAGCGGCGACUCACUGGAGAUGCAAAAGGAUCACAUAGCGGACUAUGCGCCUGUGUGCGGUGCCCCGGGCUCACCCGCCGGCGGUGGUGCUGGUUCCGGUGGCUCCGGCGGUGCGGGCAGCGGUGCCAGCGGCGUCGAUGACAUUCAUGGAGGACACGGCAGUGAACGCAAUCAGCAGCGGUACGUGGGCGAGUAUUCCAACAUUCCCACGGACUACGCGGAAGUGUCCAGUUUCGGCAAAGCGCCCAGCGAAUAUGGGCGUCAUGGAAAUGCCUCGCCUGCCCCAUAUGCCACCUCCUCGAUCGUGAAUCCCCACCAGCAGCAGCAACAGCAACAGCAACAGCAGCACCAGCCGCGUUAUCAACAGCGACCAGUUCCUGGUUAUGGCCUCCAAAGGCCGAUGCAUCCCCACUACCAGCAGCAGCAGCAGCAACAUCAGCAGCAGCAACAUCAGGUCCACCAGCAACAGCAACUGCCGCCGGGCAACAUCUAUCAGCAAAUGUCCACAACGAGCGAGAUCUAUCCCAGUAAUUCGGGAGCCCCGCGGUCCGUGUACUCCGAACAGUAUUAUUACCCCAAGGACAAGCAGCGACACAUCCAUAUUACCGAGAACAAGUUGAGCAACUGUCACACAUACGAGGCUGCUCCCGGUGCCAAGCAAUCCUCGCCGAUAUCCUCGCAGUUUGCCAGUGUGAGGCGUCAGCAAAUGCCGCCAAAUUGCAGUAUCGGCAGGGACAGUGCUCGCUUCAAGGUCCUGAACACGGACCAGGGCAAGAAUCAGCAGAAUCUGCUCGAUUUGGAUGGCUCCUCCUUGUGCUACAACGGCCUCGCGGAUUCCGGCUGCGGUGGGUCACCUUCUCCCAUGGCCAUGUUGAUGUCGCACGAGGAUGAGCACGCUCUGUACCACACGGCGGAUGGAGAUCUGGAUGAUAUGGAGAGACUGUACGUGAAGGUGGACGAGCAACAGCCACCGUUGCAGCAGCAACAGCAGCAGCAGUUGCUACCACUGGUGCCCCAACAUCCCGCAGAACUGAUGCAACCCUCGCCGCACCUGCAGUCGUGGCGCAACCAGAGCACUCGAGGCAGUCGGAAAAAUGGCCAGGAGUCCAACAAGGAGCCCAACGAGCUGAUCUAUGCCCCCGGCAGUGUGGCCAGCGAGAGGAGCCUGCUCAGCAACUCGGGAAGCGGCAGCAGCAGUCAGCCAGCUUGCCACAAUGUCUGACCCCUGCCCGGUGGUUCAUCCUUGGGCCAAUCUCAAUCUCAAUCCAAAUCCCGAUCCCAAUCGCAGAGCCAGCUGGAGUCCCCGUCCCAGGAGCAGCUCUAUGCCAGGGAGGUGCGGGAGUUGCUCGCCUGGUGCGAACGCUUCAACAACGGGGGAGCUGAGAAUUUUGAGUAG